UCAAUGUCAGCAUCUAAAGGUUUUUCUUUUCCUGUAUUUAACAUGUAGCUAUGGGRAUAUUUUGCAGUUCACUAGAUUAUUUUUGGUACUUCUAAAACAUGAUGCAGAACUUUAAUGAAUGUUAAUUUUAUGAAGGAUUUGAAUGGGAAUAAAUAACAUGAAGUUGUGAUUCUAAUGAUAAAAAUAUCGGAUCUUGUAAUUAUAAUCUUAUCAAGUAGAGUAAAAAGCUUAUUUUAAAUGACUAAUAAUUUGAGUUAGCAUCUAAUGCACUGUAAAAAGUGAUUUGCUUACCAGGUGAAUUUGUUGUGAAUAUGAGUGUUUUUGUUUGGUGCUUUGUACCGAUCGAACCCAACGUCCACAGCCCCCUGAUCCUCCCACCAUCUGACUCCCUCUAAUCUAAUCUGGUGGGAUGAUGGAGCGACACAGUGUUCACUCUUUAAUCCACAUGUACAUUUCUCACGCCGCUGCCAUGAUCACCGGGACCCCGCCUAAUGUCAGUGUUCCCGCCCCUCCCUCCUGUCCAGGUGGAUUUCUUUUCAAGCAGUGGAAGAAAAGGUUUCUGCGUCUGACCGCUGAAGGCAGCCUCUUCGUGUGCCACGAUACGCUCUCUCCCCCCGACCAGAUUGUUUUGUUGCAAAGCGACUGCGAGGCAAUCGUGGAGGGCAAGGAGAUCCUGGACCUGCCUAAACUGCCUUCUGGUGCGUGCAGGGACUGCUGCUUUGCCCUCAUCCUUCCUCAGAGUAAAUACCUGUUGCUGCUCUCAGAAACCCCCCCAGAGUGCAGUCAGUGGCUGAAUGUGCUGAAAAAGGUGAAAAUGAGUCUCUCGUCCCCUCUCAGUCCUUGCAAACGGCAUCAAAUAUUACCGCCACGCCUCAUUCUCCGAGACCUGGUGCCCGAGCAAAUUCUGGACAAAGAUCCACCGACUCCACCCGUCAGUGACACCGAGUCAUCCUCCCCUGGACCWACAUCCAACGCUUCCCCUAGAGAGAAAGGCAGGAAUUCCCCACGAACAAAGAACUACAGGCGAUGUGCACAGACAGUGGGYUGUCUGCGCCACGGCACCAUCACCAACGCUCAGGCAAUGAAGGGGGUGUAUCUGUUGAUGGGCGGGGCUGCUGCCUCCUCCGCCGUGGGAUACCUGGGAGCGUGCUCGUCCUUCAGUGUGGACGCCAAAGCUGACCUGCCGAUCAACGCGGAUUUCUCCGGCGCCGGACCUGCAGGAGUGUGCGACAUGAGGGGCGCUGCGCUGGACUCGCCUCACUACAACAGCUUUGACUUUGAAGUGGCAGACUCUGAUUUUGAUGCUUUUGAUUGCGGRGGGUUUACUUUCUAARGAUCGAAUCUGUCUUUUCUUUAUGUCUUUAUCUUUGAGUAAAAAUGUCAUUUGUGGCACUUUCUGAGAAACAGCGGGUACCACACUGAGGAAUCCUGCAAAAUAUUGUAUUAUGUGUAUAUUUUAUUUGUUUUUGGUAUAAUAAUGUGUUGAUGUUGGCAGUGUUAGGUUUCCAUACAGUUUGUUUUAUUUAUUACUGAGUUGUUGUAGAUUCUUAGCUGAUUCAAACUAUUUGCCUGGAAUAGACAUUAAGCCCUCCCAUUAAUCAAACACACAGCAGCCUACAUACAUGUACAGAGUAUGAUGCAGCUUAUUGCGUAAUGUUUCUGGAUUAUCAUAUGUAUUGUACAACUCUAACUGGAUUAAUGUGGAACUGCAGUAGAUUUUGCAUUUGGAGACAUACCAAAGAGCUCGUUUAAAUCUUUUGCCUGUGUGCACUAGAUUUUUCCCUGUCCYAAUUUACUGUYUGUACUUCAYAAWUAUUAUUUAYUUAUUUAUUUCCUUUA